AUGGCCCUUUUAGAGAAACUACAAGGACGUGCACUUCUCCCGUGCCUUCAACAACUGACAUGGGUCUGGCCUAUUGAUCAAUCCUCCCUCCUCGCUGUGUUCUUGUCACCCAGCUUGCGGACUAUCCGCCUACACCUCGUGGGUUGCAACGUCCUGGAACUCCGCUACCGCGACAGCCUCGAGAAUCCCCAAGCAGGCGAGUACGCAACCGGCACGGCGUUACAGAUCCUUCACGCUCGCUCCCCCAACGUGGAUUGCCUUACCCUCCAUACGAAGGGCUUUCCUUGCUCCAUCAACCCUCUUCGCCUUUUCUCAAACCUACGAUCCCUCGCUCUGAAAGAACUUCUCAAUCUCAAUCUGGCAUUCAUCCUGGACGCUUGCAGCUCCCUUCCGCUCCUGCAAAAGCUCGAAUUGCAUAGUGCACAGUACGUGGGCCAGCCUCGCCCUGUAUUGCCUGCCACAUCGCUUCCGCAGCUCGGGCAAUUACACCUUUGUGGCUGUCCAUAUGCAAGUUCUGCGCUCUCGUGGGCUUUGCAUGCGCCCGUCCUCAAAUCAAUUGGGCUCGAGUAUAGGUGGAGGGAUCAUGUAGCUUGGACACGCUGCGUGGACGCUGUCGCAUCCCGUCUAGGCACCUUUUUAACCUCACUCCAAGUCGAGGUCUAUGAUAAUACCGAUUCGGAGCGCUGCUUCAAGUUUCACGACUGGUUCUCUGCUCUCUACGCUAUAACGGAUCUGCGCGACGUGUCGGUGCACAAGGCGCUCUAUAGUCACACGCUGUUCACGAUUUUCGCAAACGACAUGGAGAAUGUGGCGUCGAAAUGGCCGAAUCUACGCGUCCUCGAAUUGCAGGGGACGUUCCACCAGCUAUCCCCUGAAUUCCCCAUAACCGCGCUGGCGACGCUGACGCAGAAUUGUCCCUGA